AGGUCGCAAUCUUGUAAUAAUUGUAAAACAAAUUCAAAUGAUGGAUAAACAUUUAGUAGAUUUUGACUGGAAAUUAAAGGUAAAUCACUGAAAUAUAGUUGUUUAUUUUACUAUUUUAGAAUGGAAGUUGACCUUUUUAUGUGUUGUCUAAUAAUAUGAAGUAUUUGUUUCAACUAUUUUCACUACGUCCACACAAACCAUAUCCUCGUUUUCUGAGUUUUGUAAAUCCAGUUAUUAAUUAUAAUCUUAAACCUCGACCAACUCCAGAAAUUAUGAAACUUGAAAACUCACAAUACGGUUUUAUAUUCUCUCCGCAACUUACCACAGUAUUACAAGUUUUUGACAAGUAUAAAUACGAAAUCAGACUUUGUGGAGGUGCAGUACGCGAUAUAUUGUUGGGCAAAACGCCUACUGAUCUGGAUUUUGCCACUACAGCUACCCCUGACGAAAUGAUUGAAAUGAUGGCGAAAGAAAACAUUAGAGUAGUUAAUAAAGGUGGUUUAAAACACGGAACAGUAACUUCUCAUGUUGAUGGUGUUAAUUUUGAACUUACUACGCUAAGAAUUGAUGUUGUUACUGAUGGCAGACAUGCUGAUGUUGAAUAUACCAAAGAUUGGUCACUUGAUGCAGGACGGAGAGAUUUAACAGUUAACUCCAUGUUCUUAGGAAUGGAUGGCACUGUAUAUGAUUAUUUUAAUGGAUAUGAAGAUUUAAAGAAGCGUCAAAUAAGAUUUGUCGGUAAUCCCAAAUUACGCAUCACUGAGGAUUAUUUGAGAAUUUUACGAUACUUCAGAUUUUAUGGUUGUUUGGCUACUGCGCCUAACCUUCAUGACGAAUAUAUACUUGAAGCAAUAAAAGAAAAUGGCAAUGGACUCAAAAAAAUAUCUGGUGAACGGAUUUGGUCAGAACUUCAUAAAAUUUUAGAAGGAAACUAUGGACCUGAUAUUAUGAGGACUAUUCUAAAUUUAGGGCUAAGUCCAUAUAUUGGUCUUCCUGAGCAACCGAAUAUAGACGAGUUUGAUAAAGUUAUUAAUCGAAGCAAAGGUCUAAAAUUACAACCAAUUACUAUGUUAGUACCAUUUUUAAAAGAUAAACAAGAUAUGAUUGAACUUAACAAUCGUUUAAAGUUUCGAGUGUUUGACAGGGACUUGGGAUUAUUCAUAGUAGAAAGUAGAGAUGAAAAAUGGACACCAGACACUAUUAAAAUGAAUAAAAUAAAAAUUAUACAAAAUCCAACCAAACAAGGAGUUAUGAAAGAGUAUAUUGAACAGUUAUUAAUGUACAAUAAUGAUAGAACCAUUCUUGAAGAAUUCGAAAAAUGGACACCAUUAAAGUUUCCUAUUACAGGAAAUAUGAUUAAAAAUCAUGGGGUGAAAGAUGGGAAGAAAAUCGGAAUAAUUUUGAAGAAACUUAUUGAAUACUGGGCAGAUGAUGAUUUCCAAACAGAUAUCGAAGAGUUGCUAAAUUUGAUACCUAGAGCUGAAGAUGAAUUGAGUUUCCAAAACUCGAAAUAUAGAUAAACAAAACCUGGAUAUUUUGAAUAAUUGUAUACUAAUUCCUUUUUAUAAAAAUACAAAUUUUAUAUGUGCUUUUAAAAAAUAU